AUGGGGACAGUCAACGGUGGAACCAUUAUCAGCUUCACACCACAACCUUCUUUACACGCCAUAAACAGCCGAAUGCCUUCGCAUCAUCAUCCAAACGGUUGUGCAAACUUUACCUUUCAGAUACCUUCAAUCGCAAAUGCUGCAAAGAAAAAUACAAAUUCAGCUGAAAGAAGAGCCAAUCACAACGCUGUCGAACGGGCACGACGAGAAUGCUUAAACACAAAAUUUCAAGAGCUUGCCCACGCUCUCCCUUCUUUAGCGCAAGUUCGUAGACCUUCAAAGUCAAUAAUUGUGCAAAAAUCUCUAGAUUUUAUUUAUAAUGCCCGUAAGAAAGACGAAUUGCACGAUAAGGAGAUGCGAAGCAUUCGCAACGAAAAUGACUUAUUACGUGAGGAAAUUAAUAAAUUAAGAGAGAAGUUAGGAUUAGAACCUAUUCCGCCACGCGAAGAAUCAAAACCAUCUACAUCUCAAGCUGAUGAAGUGAAGGAGGACGCUAAAAUCAGCAGCGGUAAAAAUCAAAAUUCACCAGAGAUAAAGAACGAAGCUGAUAAUAACACCACCACAACUACCAAUGCACAAGAGUCAAUAAAGUCCAUUGAUAUUCAAAUAAAAACAGAAGAAUGUCGUUCUGACGAUGACAUCAGUAAUGGGAACACUGAGGAAGAUUACGACUUAGAAACGUCAGAAGUGAUAGACAGUAAAAAUCCCGAAAUAAACCAGCCCAUCGAAACUCAUCAUCACCAACAACAACCAUGCUUAUCACCAUAUGAGUUGAUGUAUCCCGCUUCCAUACUUGAACAACACAAUUUUCCACCAUCAGAAUUUAAUUAUACGAUGGAUAUACCUAUAGAACAUCAUAUUGUUGACCCAAAUACCUUACAUCUACAAUUUGAUCAGCAUCCAGAUCAAUUAAAUGAAGAUUUAUUCUGCGAUUUCCAAUAUCAACAAAAAAUGUAUCCCUCACCUCCGUAUGAAGCAGCUAUGUUAGAUAUGACUCAAAUGUCGUGGGAUAAUAUGUAG